GCAACCACUCUCCAUCCAGUUGAGUCACCCUCACUCUCCAACCACCAGCAAUUCUUCGACUUACUACGAGAAACAGAGAGAGAGAGAGAAAGAGCAAUAGUAUCAGCACCCACAAACCAACUACGAGUGAGAGAGAGAGAAAUGAGAAGGAAAAGCAAAAAAGAGAGGGGACGGAGUUCUUCACCUUAUCCUUGCUUAUCCCCGUUGGGGGGUUAACUGGAUCAGGAUUGGAACCAAAUAAAGUUAAUUCAAAGUGGGUGUGGGACAGGAGAGAUUAGACUUAAAGUCCAGAUAGUACUGCUUUCACUCAAUGAAAGUAAAAAAAAUAUUUUGUUUAACUGAGUGAUGGACUUGACUUUGUGGCUGUGACUUCAAGUGAAUUCCAGGAAAUAUUUAAGUCUAGAAAACCGCACAAUUUCAUAGCAAUAUCAAGAAAUGUACUACGAAGAAAGUCAUAAAAACUGUAGCUGUCCAACUUUUAGGAGAACUUGUGUAAUCAAUUGAUUCCUGUUACAAUGCAGUUAUUCCCAUUAUUAUCGUCUCUGCCGCAGUGUGGAACUAUUAUUGUCGAAUAGUAAAAUCAAUAAAAAUGUACGCAGCCCAAUUUCAACUUGGUCCAUCUCCUCCCAUCACAAUUAUUCUUCUUCCAUCAGUCAUUGCUGGGCUUGGAUUCAUACUAGGAAAUGAUAGUGGUAGAUUUGUUUCCAAUAACGGGAAAUCGUUCAGUAAUUACGGAGAAGAUCAAUACCAGUCCUCAAUUAUUCGAUGGAACCACAAACUUGCACAUUUUCUCCACAAGACCAUCUCGACCACGUCUAUAUGAAACUUUGUGCAAAAUCAAACACAUUUUGCAAAUAGAUCAGCCCACGCAAAUAUUCUUGCAGAGUGUAAAAAAUAAAUAAAUAAAAGUUGUUGUGAUUGAGUGAUUUAUUAAUAAUCAUGGUGAAAGUUUACCCAGGGAAAAUAAGUGCUUUCUAUUCGAUGGUGGCACUUUUGCCACACGUUUUGUUGACAACUUUUUAAAAUAUUUUUCUUUUGAAGAAGAUAUUCCUUGCAAUUAGUGAGAAAGGAGCAAAACAUCUCAAAAUGCAGAAGGAUUCCACGGCAGCCGAGCAUAUUCAAUAUGUCGGGCCUUACCGGUUAGAAAAGACGUUGGGAAAGGGCCAAACAGGUCUGGUGAAACUGGGAGUGCAUUGCGUCACCGGAAAGAAAGUCGCUAUCAAAAUAAUCAACCGUGAAAAAUUAAGCGAGUCGGUGCUUAUGAAGGUGGAGAGAGAAAUCGCCAUCAUGAAAUUGAUUGAGCACCCCCACGUCCUCGGGCUGUAUGACGUUUACGAGAACAAAAAAUAUCUAUACUUAAUUCUGGAGCAUGUGUCUGGGGGCGAGUUGUUCGAUUAUUUGGUCAAGAAGGGAAGACUUACGCCCAAAGAGGCGAGACGUUUCUUUCGUCAAAUCAUCUCUGCUCUCGACUUUUGCCAUAGCCAUUCCAUUUGCCAUCGUGACUUGAAACCUGAAAACCUGCUCCUGGACGAGAAGAACAACAUAAAAAUUGCGGAUUUUGGGAUGGCAUCUCUCCAGCCGGAAGGAAGCAUGUUAGAAACAAGUUGUGGAUCUCCACACUACGCUUGUCCGGAAGUUAUACGGGGUGAGAAAUAUGACGGGAAGAAGGCUGACGUGUGGUCUUGUGGCGUGAUUUUGUACGCCUUACUUGUGGGAGCUUUGCCUUUUGACGAUGACAAUCUUAGACAACUGCUGGAGAAGGUGAAACGUGGUGUGUUUCACAUUCCCCAUUUUGUGCCCCCCGACUGCCAAAAUCUCCUCCGGGGAAUGAUUGAAGUCUGUCCGGAUAAAAGGCUCACGUUGGCUGAAAUAAAUCGUCACUCUUGGGUCACCGCGGGGGGGAAGGGCGAGCUGGAGUUGGAGUUGCCGAUGAUGGACGUGGUUCAAACGCACGUGAUACCCGCACCCGAUGCUGUGGAUCCAGACGUUCUCCAAGCAAUCGCUAGUCUGGGGUGCUUCAAAGACAGGGAUAAACUUAUUCAAGAACUUUUGAGUCCAAACCACAAUACGGAGAAAGUAAUUUAUUUCCUCUUAUUGGACCGAAAGCGGAGAAAACCGUCGAGAGAAGAUGAUGGCGAAUUUGGUAGCGGCUCGUCACGUCGAGACUCCAUUUCUUCCGCCAAUAUUACAUCCUCCAUCACAACAAGUUCGAACUCAAACUCCACGUCGUCCGCCACCCCGGGAAGUAUGGAUCCUCCCAGAAAACGUAUUGACAAAGUUAAUGGGAACGCUUGUGCAUAUCAGUUUGAUCGAAUCAGUGAAGGAUCCCCCAUCACCCCAAGGAGACAUCUCUACAGUCGACAUCGAAGACCAAGUUUGCACUUAACAAACCACACCUCGCUGGCCAGCUCUAUCCCAUCGUCACCCGUCCCUUCACCCAAAAUGGCGCACAGGGACCGGCUGAGUGGGGGCAACCAAUCCGUGAACAAUGAGCAUCUCCACCACCACCCACACCACCAUCACCACCACCACCCUCACGACAUCCCCCAGAUCAGUGUCCAUUCGUCCGGGAUGGGACAAAAUAUUCCGAACGCGACACCCCCUGGUUCUCCACAUCUCGCUCACUGGAGGUCUAGGCUCAAUACUCUUAAAAACAGCUUCCUCGGCUCACCCAGGUUUCAUCGGAGAAAACUUCAAGCGUCCAACGAGGAGGUCCACUUGACGCCGGAAGGAUCCCCCGAACUAACGAAGCGUUCCUGGUUCGGCAGUCUCAUGGGUUCCGAGCGGGAUGAAGCGUACACAAUUCUAGUGAGAGGGAAACCUCUCGCCACCGUUAAGGCUGAUCUUAUCCAUGCUUUCUUAUCGAUAGCAGAACUGAGUCAUAGCGUUGCAAGUCCAAUGUCAUUCAAGGUUGAGUACAAGCGGGUGUCUUCAGGUCCAGCAAUGUUCCAAAUUCAACGCCAAGUUCGAUUCCAAGUGGACAUUUCCCCCGUGCCGAAGCCGACCGGGCAUCCCUCAGCGCCCGACAGGAUAUCUAGAACAUCAGAAUUCCUUUACGCCGUCACAUUCGUCCUCCUGUCCGGAAAUAUACGUAGAUUUCGCAGAAUAUGUGAGCAUAUUCAAUCGCAAGUCUGUUCCAGACGACCACCACCUCCAAGUCCACGGGCAGCGAGGAAAUUUGGUAAUUCGGAACAAUUGAGUGAAAGUUCGUCCUGUGGUUCGGACACGUCUGAUCGACUUUCAAUCUUUUCGAAUAAUACGAUGAGUCGACAGACUGAGUCUGACAAAGAAAGUGAUUUCCACGAGAUCCGCGUCCAACCCAAAGACAUUCGAGGAAGCAUUUCUGAGAACUCGUCGACGUCUCUACUCCUCACGGAUCUCAACUCUAAGCAGAUCCUCCAUCAUAACAGCCAUCAUCAUCAAUCUGGAAAUCGGGAUCAUUCCAUUACUAGCUCACCCCAUUCCCACCACCACUCCCACCACCGGGUCAACAGUGUGGGGAGUAAGCAUCACCAUAACGGAGGCUCGCAACCACCCCCACUGAUCCCUCUUCCGUCUACUAAUGGGGGGAAGAAAGAGUUCUGCUCGAGUCCCACCCCCACGACCACCACAACCACAACGAUUCCGCAAACGAAUGGUGUGGGCAGCAGUCUGAUCUCUGCACCCAACCACAGUUCCACAUCCAACAGCAUCAAGCCCACCACAAAUGGUACCAUGGGUGGUUCAACUACUUCGUCCAUAAGCAACUCAAACGCGAGCAUGAGUUCAAGUUCGACUCACAACUCGAACAAUUUGCAGUCAAACUCUCCACCCCCAAUUCCCAUGAAGAAGGAACAGAUCGUCUGAUGUCUCCUCAAUGAAUUCGGUUCAAUUUUGGUUCAACUUUGAAAUUUUAUACAUAGUGCCACCACCACGUUCAAUUCAUUAUUUCUCAGAUUUCUCUCCUACCCAAAUGUGUACGUACUUGGCCAACUAAAUCUGUUUUAUCGUCUUACGUUCAAUCUCGUUAACACAAAAAAGUAUUAUUAUGAAUGAUCACUUAUAUCAUCAUUAUAAUAGCUACGGUAGGUAUUUGAUUAACCUUUGACUUGAACCUAGUGUUCCUUCAAAUCACCAUUAAAUAUUAUCUACAUCAGUAUUCCUCCUCCUCCUGCUAAUGAUUGUAAUUUUCAACUCGGACUUUACUUGUAACUUGCGUUUCACCUGUACAAUGACAUCCAAUGAAAUUAAGGACACGAUGACGAUUCAUGAUUGAGAGUUUAGCAACAUGUGCCUGUGUAUAAGUAAAUUCGAUGGGAUUUCGGCUAUAGCGUAGGUAUAGCGUAAACUCUGCACUUAAUUUAUUUUGUGUAAUUAAUGACGAAGGGUGGGUUUCUUUCUGCUGCUGCUGCUGCUGCUAGUACUACGUAAAUAUAUGUGGGUGCAUUUGUGGGACUAUUUAUUCUUUAUAGUUUGGAAAGUGUAUUUAUUGUUAAAAAUAGUUCAAUUAGGUAACACUUAUAAGACUGUGAAUUUGAUGGGGCAUGGACUCGUCAGAUAAUAAUAUUUAUUCCUCUACUAUGCAUACUAUUUUCAGGUAACAAGGUCCCAGGGCUGAUAUCCUUACACUACAUUCCUCCAUUAGGAAAUUAGCUAUAUAUUUAUCGACUAACACGUUAUUUUAACCGAAAAGUAGGGAUGAUGACGAUUAUUUAUUUGAAUGAAUGCUGCACUUCUUGUCAUAUGCAUUACAAAGAACGAAGGUUAUUCUGUUGGGCAAAUAUCAUUGAGUGCUUGCUACACAUGUAAUAAAAUAUUUAUCAAGUUUAUGGAUUACUAAUUGAUCAGUUAAAUAUUGGGUUAACAAUCAAUAUCACUUAUUGCAAAGAAUUAAUUUGAGGAAUUUGAGAUAGAGUGGAAUACUGAUUCACCAAUCCACCGAUAAUUUUAAUAAUGACAUGAUGACAUAGCAUGAUGAUAUGUGACUCUCGGCCUUUUUUGAAAAUGAUGCCUAAUUACUCUUCUCAUUUAAGAAAUAUAUACUAGACUCUGAUCACCACUCACUCACCUUAUCAUCAUUAUCAUCAUCAUCAUCACCACUAUUCAUAAUCAGUAUGUGCAUUAGUUAGUUAAUAAUUACGCAAUAAUUAUUUUCCCUUAUUUAAAACCCACUCCAUCAUAUCGGUGAGAAGGGGCAGAGUAUUAUGUAUUUUGUGAAUUCACAUGUGUUAGUUGACAAAUUAAUACCCACAUCCCUCUUAUCCUCGUCUUCUUCGUCUAAAUCUGGUAAACUAAAUGCAAAUAAAAUUUCCUGCCAAACUAAUUAGUCGGUAUUACCACGAAGGAAGGACUGAGGGGUUAUCUAUACAGUAGAUGUUCACUACUAGCGUCUCUCCAAACCUCUACGUAUACAUUAGUGCAGUUUACUUACCAAUUGAAAGACACUCUGUAUGCAAUCUCUCUCUCCCUUCUUCACACAUACAGCGAAACAAAUCUAUGUAGCUAGAAAAAAUUACAGAGCCAAUUUUCUUGGUAUAAAAAUUCCAUCAAUCCAUCCAUUUUAUCUACGACUAUACUGUUAGGAUAUAGUCUUAACCUUCUUAGUCCGUAAAAUUUGACGAGAUUCUUUACGUGAAGCGUAUUAAUAAUGUUGAGUGAGUGAAAGUACUGAGCAAUUAAGUAGGAAGAAUGAAAUUCUGUGCUGGAUCCUUAAAACGAUAAAUCAAGUACAAUUAUUAUUAAAUCAGGUAUGUCAUCAGUUCCCAUCAUCACUAUCGCUAAGAUUAUCCUAAGUAAACAAGCAAAUUACUUGCUCGCAUUUUUCUGAAUAUUCUAGAAACAAAAUUCACAAUUAAAUCCGGCUUGAUUUUGAAUACUUUCGAAUUACCAGUUUUACAAAAACUAAUUGAUGAAACCCGAUUAGUUAGGUAGGAAGAACUACAGCUCACUCAAUAAUAUUAAACACUCCAACAACACAACUGGUUGUUAUCAAUUGUUGGAUAACCCGUAUUAACCAACUUAAAAAUUCACACUAUGUAGAUCUGAGGGAAAGUUAUCUCACAGUUGUUAUACCUCCUCCUUAAAAGAAAUCUUAUUCGAAUACAUUGAGCAAAUAUCUGUAAUCUCACAUUAGUUAAAAAACUAUGCUAUGUAAAAUGCAAAAAUAUGUCAAACCAGGACACAACGACGACAAGCUUUGUGACAUUGGUGGUGGUGGUGUGUGGUAUGGCGUGGCUGCAUAUUUAUAUACGGUGGUGAUGAGUGGCUUUACUAAAUUAUGUAUGACGUUGUAAGAGAGGGAGGAGAUUUUUGUGGGAUAUGAUGAGGGCUAUAUAUUCUUUCAUAUACAUACACCUUUAGUUUUACUACAAGGAUUGAUAACUGAGGAGUUUGUGCGGGCAAAUGUGCGAUCCGUAACAAUGUACAAUGCUAAUUUUAAGGUUAAUAAUCACUAACAUGUACUAUCUAUCCAUGUCGACACACUGGAGAAAGCUGGCAAAUUCACGUGCAAAAAAAACGUUGUUGGGAGCGGUACGCAAAUACACGCCGAGGUUGCCUGGUCGUUAAUUGCUUAAUAAGAAAUGCUACUGUUAAUCAUAAGCCAUUGUAUAAGAGUCUAGUACAUAUAUUACAUAGGGAUUUAAAAAUGCUGGUGUAUGUAUGUCCAUCUGGGUGGUCCUACUACUGGUCGACUGCAAAUAAAACUAUGAAUUUUUAGCCACACGACACGGAUACUAAUUACCCGUGUUGUUACUCGGUCAAAAGAUUCCAAUCAAAAUAUGCGGUAUUAACUUUCCUGAACAUGCAAUGGUGGUGGUGUUGUUUCGUACUCCGCACUAUUAUUAUUGUCGAUGGUGAUGUAUUUAGUGUGUAGCAGAUGAAAUGUGAAUAAUGAUGCACUCGUUUAAAAAGAUAUUUCUACCUGCUGCUGCGACUACCAGAGUGGACACAUAAAAAUUCACCAUCAGCAGGUCGCAGCCAGACCUGUCGAUAACGUCAACAUUUUAGCAUUAGUUUACAUUUGAGCGGAGGAUAUAGAGUACGGUAAUCAUAGCCUAUUACUUAAUGCGACUGUCACUAGGUUAAAUAUAUUUAUGACCGACUACUACUAACUCGAACUAUGGAUGCUAAUAAACCAUAGCACGUCUGAAAUACAGAA